AUGAAUUGUUCAUGUUUAAGCUCAAACACCUCAAGGGUGACUGGUAGGUUCCCAGCCCACAGUCUGAAGAUGCUCCUUGACUCCGCUGUGUCGCAGAUGGAGGAUCACACUCACUGCGCGACCUGUUUUAACCUGAAGUGUAAUGUGCGCCCUGAGCCCGGCCUGUCCUGUGUGCUUGUGACCUGUCCUACACUGUGUGGAGCCGUGUUUCACUUGUGCAAAGCUGAAGAGCAUCAGCUCCUGUGUCCUCAGCUUAAAGUGUCUUGCAUCAACAGUGCCUAUGGUUGUCCUAUAAGUUUGAGGUCGUCUGAUAAAAGGUCUGUAAUGGUGGACAAAUCAGUGGACACAUCUGACCUGGAGCAACAGGAGGACCCUAUGGGGCUCGGAGACAUUGACCUGAUUACAGCAGCUUUGUUCUUCUGUUUGGAGGAGUCCAGAGAGUGCAGGAGGAUCUCUGACACAGUCUAUGUGGAUGGCUUUCAUGUAGACUUUGGUACUCAGACCUUCACCUUUCCCGCUGCCAUCCUAGUCACCAACACUAGAGUUGGGGACAUGGCCUCAGCAUCUGCCUGUGACCAUGCCGCCUCACAGCUCUCCUACCCCAGCCCCUACCACACUCUGCGGCUUGGGCUUGUGUUAGAGGCGUUGGAGGGACCCAUUGCAGCAUUUAACCGAUGCCUCCCCUCGAACCCUCGCCACCAGCACACGUUCCCCUUUGUGUGUGGCCAGUCUUUCCGUAGGGACCAGUUCAGUUCCCAUUCCACAAACGUACAUGGGGACAUUCACGCUGGACUUAACGGGUGGAUGGAACAACGCUGUCCGCUGGCUUAUUACGGCUGUUCAUUUUCACAGCGCAGAUUUUACCCUGCCAACAUGGAGGCUAAAGUGGUCCACGACAGAUACCUCAAGUCCUUUGGGAUCCAGCCCUGUCCGAUAGUAACGACUCCAAUUGCUUCCCAACCCGUCCAGUUUAGUGAGCUGCCCGUUGAGAUCCUGUGGCACAUCGCCGGCUUCCUGGACAGUUUUAGUCUGUGCCAGUUGUCGCUGGUGUCACGGACAAUGAGGGACGUUUGUGCCAGUCUACUUCAAAGCAGAGGCAUCGUGGAGCUGCGGUGGGAGCGCCAACACUUUCCUGGCUCUGUCAAUGUGUCAUGGCAGGUCAAACACAAAGUCUGGAGAUUCAGCACCGCCUUCAGCCAUGUGUCGUCAUGGGGGUUCACCAGCGUCCCCAGCAUGUCGGACCACCUGAAGAAGUGCACUUUCAACACCGUGGAGCACAAGACUGACCCCGUCCCCCUCACCGCCAUGUGCUCCGAACAGGACGGACAAUCGCUAAGACGCACCCUCCGCCACAUCAGCAUCUGA